AUGUUGAAUUUUUGGUUCAUCGCUCGUGGUCUCACCCAUUCAUCUCAAUUCAUGGCAAAACUAGCAACCAGUACUGUAGUGAUUAUUGUGCCAGAGUUCUUGGUUGCCAUAGACUACAACCAGCUCUCCUUUCUGCCUAAUUUCACUAUUUGGUCGAUGAACGGCGAUGGCCAACAGCAGCCGGGACCAUCGGGUACGGUGCAGUGGCCACAGCCGGCGCUGUCGGAUAUCCUGACAGCGCUGCAGAUGCAACUCACCCGUACCGCCGCCGAGAGCACAAGGGUAUUGGGGCAGCCUACGCCCCCGGUGCUCUCCGGAACCUCACCCUUGGUCAACCCCCUUACUCCGCAAAUGAACGCGGCAGCUGCACUUCCGAGUCCGACCCCUCUUCCGGUAGCUCCUGCACCCAAUCCACUACUUCAGUCGUACCAGCAGAUACUGAAUCCAGCAUUUUUGGAGCUACAGCGUCAACUGAUCGCCCAACAGACGGCGCAGUUUCGGUUGCCACUUCUGCCAACGCAAAUGACAUCAUCGAUGUCAUUACCGUCGCUGCGGCAGAUUCCGCCAACACUGCCACACGUCUCCCCAAUUCCAAGCUCUCCAGCUUCGUUACCUGCGAGGCCGGUUCCACGAAAACCAGCACCUGUGGUGGUAACACCAAACAUCUCACCCACCACAUCCACCCCAAGAUCAGAUGGUUCAUUUGCGGUUCCACAAGAUCCGGUGAUGAGGAAACCCUCCAUUCCACUAAAUCGCCCCAGUACAUCUACGGACGAGAGGGAUAAAGCUAAUCAGCCAAAGUCACCAGAAUUCGAGAUGGGAAGACUUCCCGUCAAGAAUUACGUCCCAUCACAUUUUAUGAAAGGAACCAUGAUACAAAUGGCCAGCGGAAAGUUGAAAAAAGUGGAAGAGAUGUCGUCGGACGAUUUUCUCCUCGCUGCUCCAUUAACUCGUGAAUUUAACGUUGAUGCGAGUGUUGUCGAAGGAAUUGCUAGAGGUUCUACACUUGCGCGGGUCAAAUUCGCAGUCGGACAGACCCGAUACGAGGCAGUCCUUGAGCCACAGCUGGAGCAUCCAUUCUUUGUCCUUGGCAAGGGCUGGUGUUCCUGUGAUCCACAUCGCACCGCCGAAACGUACGGACUCGAAUGUCAGGAGCUCAAGGUUGGAGACGUGUGUAUCUCGCUGUCAAGGAAGAGCGAUAGCGAUGCAAAGCAGCUCGAUGAGACCGUCACCCUAACCGAAGCUGCAGAGCUAAAAGAGAAGGAGGCUGCACAGGCUGCGAUCAGAGAGGAGCUGAGCAAGGAAAUGGAUGAAUCGAAUGGCCGCAAUUCGGCUCCGCCUACUCGCUACCAUCCCUACUCGAAGAAGCUGCGGAAGGUGUCGGAGAGCUGAAACGAAGCCCCGGUGGCGGCGGUGAUCCCUUUGUGCAGUAUUCAUCCCAGUUGUUUCGUUCGUUCUUCGUUCGUUUUCGUUCGCUUAAUUCUUUUUGCCUUUGUAUGUGUUUCUAUAUGCUAACCGGAUUCGUGUCUUUGUAGUGAUUCGCUAGUGAUUCGAUAUAAGUGAUUGUUGAGAUUCUUCUAGGAACUGAGUUCUUCAUUCAUUCAUUCUUCAUUCAUUUAUAUAUGUAUGCGUGUGUGUUUAUUUUUUCGCAAACACUCGACGGGCUAGGUCUUCUCAUUUCGCUAGAGCGAUACUCCUUUUACUCUCUUGGAAACACGUGGUUCGUUCAGGUCAAUUGUGGUAGUACCUUCAUAGAGCUUUUCAGGUCAAUGAUUCGUUUUGUUGCUGUGUAAACUGCGCGCAGAAUUUAGCCUUGUUGUUGUGGUCAGAUUCUUUUGCUAUUUUUUGUAUAGAAGAUCUCUUUGAUAAGAGGUCGUUAUACGCCUAUCUUGAUGUACAAAUUAAUUAUUGUAGUGGGCUUGUAUAGCGUAUAAAUAUUACGGUCCAUUA